AUGACUACCGACUCGCCGCCCUCGGCCGUGGCUCCAGCAAGCACCGUGAGCAACACUGAUGAUAGCGCGUCGACAAUCACCGUCAACACAAAGACCUUUCCGCCGCCCAAGACCGACAAGCCUCGGCCCCAUGUCUGUCAGACUUGCCAGCGCUCCUUCGCACGCCUGGAGCAUCUGAAACGCCAUGAGAGAUCGCAUACCAAGGAGAAGCCGUUCGAGUGCCCCGAGUGCACACGUUGUUUUGCCCGCCGCGACCUCUUGCUGCGCCACCAGCAAAAACUGCACCAGACAACAACCCCUUCUUCCCGGCCGCGCAACCGUCGCGAAAGCACAAGCAGUGCCGCUCCCGGCCAGAGUCGAGCUCGCAAAAACAGCGUCAUUGGAGCUGUCGGCGCGAGCGGCGCUGGUCCGGGCGCUGGCAACUCUAUGCGCCCCCGCGCCAACACAAUCAGCCAUGUUGACGGCGCUGCCAUGCAGAUGAUGGCUGCAGCUACUGCGUCCGUAGCCAGGGGUGCACCGCCUAUCCACAGUCGUCACCCCAGUCUCGCCGGCUUACCGCUUCACAAUGUGGACCACGGUUUCGGCGGCAUGGCCGCCGCAUUGGGCCACCGGGGCGUGCCUCAUGGUUUGCCGAAGCUCGAAACACACUCGAUAAACACCAUGGACUUCUCGACCGGUCUACGGACCGCCCCCAUCAUGCCGCCGUUCAACUCGGAUUUCGAUUUUGAGGGCAUCCUCUUUGGCCCCGGCCCGACCAUCAAUCCCAAUGCUUUGCAUUACAAUGAUUCGCCGCAGUCCAUGGCGAUGGACCCUACAUCACCUUUUUCCCACAGUCUGCAUGACAUAACAGCGAACCAGCCAAUAGAUGAUAGUUUCGACUGGCUGACGGGUUUUGAGCACCAAAUGUCCUUCAACAACGAGGGCGGAGGUGUCAGCGGGGCCGCCAAUGAGCACAACCAUCUCGGCUUCAACUCCAACAGCUCCAACCCUGCCGGUGCAGCACUACACGACAAUGCGAUAGAUGGCUCCUCGCCCUCGGCUAUCAGCACGACUAGCCAGAGCGGGAUCAGUGAUGUAAUGGUCGACGGGUCCAAUCAUCCCGCUGCCGUUUCGGGGGCUAUGACUACUUCGAUCUGGCAUCCCGGGCUUAUGGCACCGCCGCAACUCACCACUCCAUUUGCCUUGGAUCUUGGCGCUGGCUCCGUCUUCCCAGACCUCAUGAACGGCGCUCCCGUCUCACCCCAGCCCCCGGCCCAGAACAAUGUUGGCGAUGCCUACUUUUCUACCCCACCGCCGUCGCUGAGCUCGCUCAGCCCGUCCAUCGUAUCCGGCGUCAACGCCCAGAACCUCGGCCACACCCUGAACAUGGGAGCCGCUCCCGAGACGCCCUCUUCGAUGAAUGGUAGUAAUCAUGGCACCUCGCCUAUUUCGACAAUUACUGAUGCGACGAGAAAUGCCAUCGUAGGCGCGCUGACAUCCUCGGCCGCCCACGCCUCCCCGCUCGGUGGACGCAAGUAUUCUUUCAGCAGCCCCAAUGCUCCCGUCUCGCCACAUGGUCAGUCCUCGGCCGCCAAUAAUGGCGUUCCCGAGAAUGCCAUCCCUAGCACACAAGAUCUGCAGCGGUACGUCGGGGCUUACUUGCGCUAUUUCCAUCCUCAUCUGCCAUUCCUUCAUGUCCCCACCCUGUCCUUUGACGUCCAGACGUCUACGUUUCCCAGUGGUCCCCGAAACGGGUCUCUUGGUGGCUGUGGCUGCCUAAUCCUCUCUAUGGCUGCCAUCGGAGCCUUGUACGAGAUGGAACACGACCAGUCGCGGAACCUGUUCAGCAUGGCCAAGAAGAUGAUACAGAUCUACCUCGACGAGAGGCGCAAGGCCAACGUGAGGAAAGCCGACUUCAAGAGAAGCCCCUUGUCUGAACAGCAGCAACACCCUUCCCAGUCCCCAGACAACCCCAUCGACACCCCAGUCUGGCUCGUCCAGGCUAUGCUGUUGAAUGUCGUCUACGGCCACAACUGCGCCGACAAGCGUGCUGGCGAGAUUGCCUCGACACACUGUGCAGCCCUGGUUAGCCUGGCGCAGGGCGCCGAACUCUUUCGACCGACGCAAUCCGCUGACCAUGAAGCGCAGGAUGUGAAUAUGGACGGCACCGACACGCCAUGGCUCGGCGAAGCCAGGGUGGAGGGGAGCGAGCAUGCUCAGUGGCUGGCGUGGAAGACAGCAGAGGAGCGUAAACGGACACUCUAUGCAGUCUUCAUCUUGUCGAGUCUUCUAGUCACGGCGUACAACCACACUCCGGCCCUAACAAACUCGGAAAUAUUACUUGAUCUGCCGUGUGACGAGGAGUUCUUUGCGGCGGAGAACAGUUCGGUCUUUGCGGCCAAAGGCGGAGUUGCUGCCGCAAAUCGCAAGCGAGUGACAUUCCACGAUGCCCUUGGGGACUUGCUGAGGACCAAGGAGAAGCAGCAGAGGAUGGCCUUCAAUAACACCCCACACCAGCCAUUUGGUUCUGCAGUAAACCUAGCCGACAUUCCGGGGAGCGAGUUGAAACCAAGCACAUUUGGCUGCUUGAUUUUGAUAAACGCGUUGCACAAUUACAUAUGGGAAACGCGACAAAGACACCACAACAAGGUUUGGACAAACGAGGAGACGGAGAAGAUGCACAGACACAUAGAGCCGGCUCUCAAGGCCUGGCAGUCAGCCUGGGCGAGUAACCCGCAUCACAGCUUGGAGCGGCCCAAUCCGCAUGGUCAAGGGCCGCUCUCUGCAGACGCAAUCCCUCUUCUGGACCUCGCUUAUGUGCGGCUGUUCGUCAAUCUCGCGCGUUCAAAAGAGAAGUUUUGGCAGCGGGACUGGGACGGGCUAGCGGAGGAGCUGUCACGGGGCGCCGAGAUCGUCCAGCACGCCGAGCAUUCGCCCUCUUCCAAUACAGAAUCGGCCCUUGCUGAGCCGUCGGAUGAUCCGCACACAAACUCAGCCUUCGUAGACUCGCCGAAACAUCAACAGACAUCGCCUCCAGCAUUGUCCAUGACGCCCAACGGAACACGUCCCCAGCACCAGGCCCCCCAGGCACAGUCCUCGACUCGAUCAACGUCACGGCGUGAAAAGCAUCUCCGAAAGGCUGCCUUCUACGCGGCCGAUUCCUUGUCCAUGUCUGACAAGUUGGGCGUGACCUUUGCGGACUUCACCAGCCGCGAACUCCCUCUGCAGUCGGCCAUGUGCGCUUUUGAUUGCGCCCAGGUGCUCGCUGAGUGGAUAGCUACCUUGCAGGACAGGGUGGGGCGGUAUCUGGGGAUAUUAGGGCAGGAUAACGUCGACUUGACCCAGGUGCCCGCCAUUAUGCUGCUUGAGGAGGAGGAUGUCAAGCUUCUCGGCAAGGUCGAGGAGGUCUUGGGCGCCGCCGAGAUGAAGAUGACCAUGGAGCUGAUGAGCGGGACGUCUGAGAUGAGUGCACCAAUGCAGCCAGGGGAGCAUGUGGGUUUCGCUGCCAAGAUUCUGCGCGUCACUGCCCAUAUGCUGGGAAAAGCAGCCGUCUGGCCGGUCGCCGAGCGGCGCCAUCCCUUUGGCAGGCUUUCACCACGACAGAAAACCACGGAGGAACCCACGCGUCGGGUCGCUCGCCGAUUCAAGCAAGGUCGAUUCAUUAGUCGAGACGAUGGGAACCACCAGGGCUUCCAAAGACACGGGCUUGGCGCCGCUUGCCUGCACGCAAUGCCGCAGCCAGCAUCUCAAGUGCGACGGGCGGCCAACCUGCUCGCGUUGCGCGCACAAUGCGUCGAUGACUUUGCACUCGUGAGCAGUCCUGGGCUCCCCCUCGGCGUUGCCGGCGAAGACAUGGCCUCGUCGGCCGGCGAUCUUGCCGCCCCGGAUGAGAUGAGUCUCUGUGGUUCUGCUGGGCCGUCUGUCCCCGGGAAAUGGCGGGAUGACGAUGAUCGUUUAUUGCGCCUAUUUUACGAGCAUUUCCACAUCGCACAUCCCAUACUUGUGCCUAGUUCUCGUUAUCAUGGCAGAAGAUACCCCAUCUUCCUUCAGCUGGUCAUCCACUUCAUCGGCUCGCAUUACACCCCGUCUGCCAACGUCAGUAGCCAACGGCUGAAGGAGCGGGUCGUCACAGCCCUGACUCCCGACGUGGACCGCACCCCGUGUCUAGUACAGGCCUGGUUGCUCUUUUCCAUUGCUCUGUAUGCUCGGGGCGAAUGGUCAGAAGCUCGCGACGCUUUUGAUAAGAGUUUGGACCUUGCUCUAGACCUUGGGAUGAAUCGAUGGGCGUUUGCUACUUCAGCACAGCCACAAACACCAACAGAGGCUGAGAGUAUGAGGCGGACCUGGUGGGAACUCUACGUCACGGAUAUUAUCAUGGCCAUCCCGCAGCGGGACAGAGUUCUUCGAUGCAGCAAGGUGGUCUCUGAAGCCGGGCUGCCGUGUGAGGAGUCAAGGUAUGGGAUUGACGAUGGAAACCUGGGGUCGCCGCACAGACUUCUCGACUUCAAGCACCGUGUCUUUGCUGCGGAGGAAACCGUCUUCUCCUCUUUUAGCUACCGGAUCGAGGCGGCGACUAUCAUGUGCCAGGUGCUCAUUCUCAAUCGCCUCAAGGAUCCGCAUCGAGAUCAGCUCCAGGCUGUGGAGAAUGCGCUGGUGAGCUGGGUUAACCACCUGCCCCAGAGCAAGAUGGAAUUCAUCGACGUGUUGGGCAAUGUCGACGAGAUGAUGUUCCAGGCACACACAAUCACUGCCUAUAGCGCCAUGCUUCUGCAUCUGCCCAGGAGCGACCUGUCGCCACUCCUGCCUCUACCUGACGACCACCUUUGGCCUCGUAUGCCACGCUAUCACGCAUCACCAUCGAGGCUCCUGAUACACAGUAUAAAGGCCAUUGAGGCGUCUCGCAGACUUUCCGACUUCAUUUCCGUCUGUCCAAACACUCUGAAGCACAGCCCUUUUCUGUUUUCCGCAAUGGCAUUGUGUGGCAUGCUGCAGGUGGCGACCACAAAGGCUCACCCCGAAGAUUGCCUGGAACAUCACUACAAUCGCGUCACAUUGAUCCUUGGGUGCCUGCGGAGUAGUAAACGCACAUGGAAGCUAGCAGGCCUCGAGUACGAGCGUGUCCGUCUAUGUGCCGUGGAGCACAUGAAGCGUGCCAUCGAGAAGUUGAGUACAAACUCGCCAGCUAGUGGCUUAGGCGACGGAAAUAAUACGUCUGAUGCCCAAGUUGCUCCAGAGUUUCAAAUGUCAGCUGACAUCUCCUUGUCAACAACGCCUGCCGGUGGUCAAGAUGGAGUUUUGUCGGAUAUUAUGCUUGGCUUUAUUGAUCCAACCUGCAACAAUCCUUCAUUUUUUAGCUCUUUUACAGAUUUUGAGGCAAACUGA